GGACUCUAUGCUCAACGGUUUUUUCUCGGGUUUGUGGAAAGUAUCAUUCCGACAGGCUUCAUGACGAUAGUAAGCAGCUACUACACACAGCGCGAACAGUCCGUACGUCAGUCCUGGUGGUUCAGUUCCACCGGUCUCUUCACCAUCAUCGGCGGCGCCCUCAAUUACGGUUUCGCACAGAUAACUUCCGGCGCGUUGAGACGCUGGCAGUACAUAUACCUCCUCGCAGGCUGUUUGACCUUCCUCUUCGGAUGUUUCUGCUUCUUUAUCCCUAAUUCCUGCGCUGAAGCCUGGUUCUUGACGAGGAGCGAACGCAUCGUCGCGGUUGAACGACUAAGGAAGGGGGCGACGGGUGUGCGGUGCCAGAAGAUCAAGAUGUAUCAGCUCAGGGAAUGCGUAACGGAUGUGAAGUUCUACCUCGUAUUCCUCCUUAUGGGCAGCGCAUACACAGUCAAUGGCGCAGUCUCCGGAUUCGGCCCACUCAUCGUAAACACAUUCGGCUGGUCGCCGCUCGCAUCCAUACUCUGGCAGUUUCCACUUGGACUCAUUUGUCUCGUUACAAUUCUCCUUUGCGGCUGGUUAUCCUCGCGGAUACCCAACAUCCGAAUCAUCCUACUCAUCGUAAACUGCCUCCCCGUCAUCGCAGGCUGCGCAAUGAUCUGGAAAUCCUCCUGGACAUACCAUGCGCCCACGCCCGUCGCCGGUUACUCAAUCAUCGGUACCUUCGGCGCGGUAGUCAGCCAAACAAUCGUCAUCGCCAUGUCCAACGUCAGCGGCGCGACGAAGAAGAGUGCGAUGGCUGGCACAGUCUUCGUGGCAUAUUGCGUGGGCAACAUCGUCGGUCCACUGUUGAUCAGAAGUCAAGAGAAGGGUGCGCAUUAUCCCAGGUUAUGGACGGGCCUGAUCAUCUGUUACUGUAUCACGAUCGCGUCGGCGGUGGCGCUUUAUGCUGUGCUGAAGAGGGAGAAUAAGAGGAGAGAGAUGUUGAGUGUGGAUGAGGAGGAAAGAGAUAAGAUAGCGUUUUUGGAUUUGACAGAUGGUGAGAAUAUGUAUUUUAGAUAUGUCUUGUAGGGUGUCAUGGCUGUCUGCAUCGAAACUUCGAGGUUUGUUGGUUUGACUUUCGGGUUACACAGCCGCCGGGCUGACUGUCAGGUACAUGACUCGAAGCUAGGCAACCAUUUUGGACUUCCGCGUCUCUUUCGCAUUUUGUCUCAUAGCAUGAUA